AUGUUCUCAGCAGAAGCAAAAGCUGCCGGGAUUGACCUUGUGUUAGUUGUGGACCAGUCGUACCGUGAUAUGGAGAUCAAUUGGGCGUCUUUGGACCCAACGAGGGUGCUGCAGAUUCUCAUCAAUCUACUCACAAACGCCAUCAAAUUCACACGCUUAGAAUCGACGAAGCGAGUUACAGUCACCCUCACCGCAAGCGCAACUGAGCCCGCUUCGUCGCCAAUAGGAAUACAGUUCAACGAUGAGAGGCUGGUAGGACAAGAUUCCCACUUGGAAGAUGACUGGAAGGACGCCCAAGAGCUAUAUUAUCUGCAAUUCUCCGUUACCGAUACGGGACGUGGUCUUUCUGAUGACGAGAAAUGCAGCCUCUUCACCCGAUUUUCACAAGCCUCUCCUCGCACCCACAUACACUACGGAGGAUCUGGCCUUGGACUUUUCAUAUCGAGGCGUCUUACCGAAUUGCAGGGCGGAUCGAUCGGUGUCGCUAGCGAAUCUGGAAGAGGUAGCACGUUCUCUUUUUACAUUAAGUCACGUCGAGCAAGACCUGCGAUGGCUCGGAAAGGUAAUCUACCGCAAGUUUUCCCCGAAGACAUCAAACACAGACAGCCAAUACCGCUCGUCAGCCUUGUACGCCCGUCUCCUCCCUUGCGCAAACCUACAAGCGAGACUAGCCAACGAUCCGACUCUGCGAGUCCAAAAGCACGACGCCAGUCGAUACAGUCAAGACCAUCGCAGACUGAACACUCUCAUGUUCGCCCCGAAACUCUUGGGCUACCAGAAGGUCCUGACCUACAAGAACUAAAGCGCACAAAAAGUAUACCAGAUACGUUACACGUUCUUAUAGUGGAAGACAAUCUCAUCAACCAGCGUGUUCUUGCUAAACAAUUACGCAAUUUAGGAUGUGUUGUGAGCGUCGCCAAUCAUGGUCAGGAAGCGCUCGACUUCCUACCAAAGACUACACUCUGGAACAACGAUCACCCUAUGUCGAACUCGAUUGCACUAAAGGAAAUGUUCCACAUUCCGUCCACAGAGCCUAUACCUAAUGGCCAUAACGAUGCAUUACCGGUUGAGCUGAGCCUCAUCCUCAUGGACUGGGAGAUGCCUAUUAUGAACGGGCUUACGGCCGUUGCCGAAAUACGAAAACUCGAGGAACAGGGCUUGUUGAAGGAGAGGGUACCAAUCAUCGGAAUCACAGCGAAUGUGCGCCAACAGCAGAUCGAGCAGGCCAUGGCUACAGGCAUGGAUGACGUUGUUGGUAAACCCUUUAGGGUUGCUGAACUGCUAGUGCGGAUGAAGGGGAUCGUUGCAGGAAUGGGGCCCGAAGGUCCAAAUGGAAAUGCGCAUCUGACUGAGGGGUAUACGAGCUUUGGGUGA